UUAUGAACGUGAUUGGUUGCUAGAGGUAGCUACGUUUUGGGCUGCUAUAGCUUAGUAUCACCCAGCAGCCUAUACGAAUUUAGCUUUUCUCGCGUGACCAUAACCAAGAGCUUAUUCUGACGGAAAACUUAAGUACCAAAAGAAUUGACAUUUCAAUGGUCAUAAGUACCGGCGUUUAGUUUUACACAACAUAAAUCAACCAAUCACAUAACGAACAAGUGACCUUCAGGUUAGUGGUUGUCACGAUAGUGUUUUGCAUUUCACCUGUUGAUAAUUUGCUGUAAAUUCCAUCGCUAGCAGUGAUCGCUACUGGUUCAGUUGCUGCUCUACAUAUCGAUAUUACUGAGAAAUAAUCCGCCUAUCUGGUAUCACCACAAUGCCUUUUGCAUCGUUCAAAAAUAUUCAAAAGAGAUUUGCAAGAAUUCACAAAGAACGAUCUCAACCUCAACACCGACGACAUCUAGGACUCUUACCGAAGAAAAAAGAUUUCCAAAUUAGAGCUAGGGAUAAAGAGUCGAAAAAUGCUAAAAUUAAAGAGUUGAGAAGUAAAGCUUUGAAUAAAAAUACCGAUGAAUUCUACUUCAACAUGUGUAAUUCCCGUUUCGAUGCAGAAAAAGGACAUAUCCCUUUAAAUGUGGAGAAAAGUUAUUCAGACAAUGAAAUUAAAGCAUCUUUUUCAAAGAAUAUUACACACUUGCAAUAUGAAUUGCAAAAGGAAAUGUCUAAGAUACGUCAGCUAGAGUCAAAAACUAAUCUACUGCAAAGCGAAUUAAAAAAAUCAAGAAAAACUCCUAAACAUAUUGUUUUUGCAGAAACCUAUGAUGAAAUGGUAGAAUUACGUCGUUCGUAUGCAGAUAGAUUACACAAACUGGAUGAAGAUGUUGGGACUGAUGAAUCUUCCAGUGAUCCGUGUCGUUUUGAUGAUAUCUAUGCUCAACGGUGUAAUGCCUAUAAAGAAUUAGCUGAACGUUUAGAAAGAGCGAAGCAAUUAAAGUAUCUUCUACGACAACAUGAGGCUAAAAAUAAUCUAAUGGCUAAUUCAUCAUCUAAAAGGGGAUAUAAAACAGUCUUCAAAGGAAGUAAAACAGCUCCACCUAUCUACGAAUUUGAACGUGUGCGAAAUCGAUAAGUUCUGAUAUCCUACCAAAAAAGAAAAACACAUACACACAGUUAAUUUGUACGACUUUUACAGCCAGUUUGGUAUAAUGUAUAUACUUAAAUAUAUUUCACUUCUGCA